CUGGGUGGGCGCUCGCGGGGCCGGGCGAUGGCGGCGGCGGCGGCGGCGGCGGCGCGGGCGGAGGGGCCCCAGCUGCCCGGGCCCCCAGCGGGGCGGCCCCGGCAAGUCUGCUCCCGCCCCUACUUCGUGGUGCUCAUGGUGUUCGCGCACCUCUACGUGCUCAACGUGCUGGGGCUGCUGCUCUUCGUGCACCUCAGCGCGGGGGACGGCCCGGGCCCCGGGCCCCCGCCCCCCAGCGAGCCGCCCGCCGCGCCCGGCCCCCGCGGGGCCGCCCUGCCCCGCCGCGAGGGCAUCAAGGUUGGCCAUAAGCAAAAGGUGGAGCUGGUCCCUAACAAAGUCCAUUUCAUGAGAACUCUCAGCUUGAAACCGCUUCUCUUUGAAAUUCCAGAUUUCCUGACUGAAGAAGAGUGUAAGCUGAUUAUCCACCUAGCUCAGUUGAAAGGGCUGCAGAAAAGCCAGAUCCUGCCUACUGAAGACUAUGAGGAGGCCAUGGAAAUGAUAGAAAUCAGCCAAAUGGACAUCUUCAACCUGCUGGAUCACAACCAGGAUGGGCAGCUGCAGCUCAGAGAGGUGCUGACCCACACCCGCUUAGGGAAUGGCAGGUGGAUGACCCCUCAGAGCAUCCGGGAGAUGUACACGGCAGUCAAGGCAGAUCCUGAUGGCAAUGGUGUGUUGAGUUUGGAGGAGUUUAAACAGCUAAACAUUCGUGACUUCCACAAGUACAUGGGGAGGCAGAAAGUGAAGAUGAGUGAUCUGGUGCGGAAUAGCCAACACACGUGGCUGUACCAGGGUGAGGGGGCACAUCAGGUCAUGAGGUCCAUACGACAAAGGGUGAUGCGCUUGACCCGUCUGCCUCCUGAGAUUGUGGAGCACAGCGAGCCCCUGCAGGUUGUGCGAUAUGACCAGGGAGGGCACUACCAUGCUCACGUGGACAGCGGGCCGGUGUUCCCAGAGACAGCUUGUAGCCACACCAAACUGAUUGCCAAUGAGAGCACUCCCUUUGAGACCUCCUGUCGCUAUGUGACAGUGCUGUUCUACCUGAACAAUGUGACGGGGGGAGGAGAGACCAUCUUCCCUAUAGCUGAUAACAGAACCUAUGAAGAGAUGUCUCUGAUUCAGAAUGAUGUUGAUCUACGAGACACGCGGAAAAAUUGUGAUAAGGGCAACCUGCAAGUGAAGCCACAGCAGGGCACUGCUGUCUUCUGGUACAACUACCUGUCAGAUGGGGAAGGCUGGGUUGGCGACCUGGAUGAAUAUUCCCUGCACGGAGGCUGCCUCGUCACUCAAGGAACCAAAUGGAUUGCCAACAACUGGAUCAAUGUUGAUCCCAAUAAGAGGCGCCAGCUCCAAUUCCAGCAGGAGAUGGCUCACUAUGCCAAAGAGGGGGAUGAGGCCCAGAAUGAAUGGACUGUAGAUAAAUCCUACAGCAACAUGCAUGUGGAAUUGUAGUGUCCCAGCACAGCUGGGCUUGGAGGUGCCUCUUCAGUAACACUGUGGGACCCUUUUUGCACUUGCCAGUUUAGUUUAUAUUGAUUUAUAUUUGGUAUUCUACUGUUCCCCCUCUCCCCACACACAUCCCUGCAGAAGUCUCAGGCUCAGCUGUAACCUGCAUCUCUGUUGGUCAGACUGGGAAAAGCACUCCAGUAACGAGCAUGUUGGGAAGCAGGCCUCAUGCUAAUGAGACAGAGGUUGAGGAAGAUUUUGAUAACACAUGUAUUUUUAUUUCAGGGUUUUUUUUUUGUGGGGGAGGUCCAAGUAUCAGUGAGCUCUGCCUAGCUGAGGCUUCUUGCCUCUCCAGGCAGGGCCUUCUACAGGGGAAAGGUGCUGUCAGUGGGUCUGCAGGGUUUCAACCCCUCUUAAUCCUGGGUCUCUGUUUUUUUCCCAUUGAAAUUGAUUCAGUCUCUCUUUAGCUGCCUCCACAGGGGUUUCCUUGGCACCUGCCAGUUUCUGUCCCUAGAGCAUCCUGCUGCUAGUCCCUUCUCCCUCCAGAGCAUGAGAGCAUCAGCUCGGCUCUCCUGACCAGUAAUUGGCAGCACUGUCAGCCAAGCCUGAGCCCUCUGGUAUGGAGGCUGUAUAAUCCAGGAGGGAACAUGGGAAGUGGGGUCACUGAGCUUCUGCAUUAAGCCACUUCCCUAAAUUCCAGUCCCAUGAUGUGAGACUGAUUAGGGGGCAGAGGGUGUCACUCCUUCCGUAUUAGGAGGAAGGGAAGUGUUGCAGGUGCAGCUGUGUGACUAUGGAGAUCUUACAGCAUAAUGCUAAUGGUGAAUCCUUCUCAGGGGUUGAUGUGGUUCUGAAAUGCUUUUAAGUUGUGCUGAUUAUCAGGGAGAAGGGAAGCUUUUAUGUGCAAUAGCAUCAGGGCUGGGGUAAGUGGGGGAGGGGGGGAGAGUUUCACUCUAACCCCGUGAUUUGUGUGGUUGCCUUGCUAGGUUUUUGGCUGUUUUGUGAAGGUUCCUUCUGCCAAGUGAUUCAUUUGCCCCCCAGUCAUGGAGCUACGUAUAUAUGCCAAUGUGUCUGUAGCAAAUUGGAAGCACAUGGGGGAAUGAGUCCCAGUGCCUGUCUCCGGACAACUGAACAAUAGACGUCUCCGUGUAUCAUCAUCUGAUCCUCACGUGCUGAGGAGUUGGUCACUCCCAGCUUGCCGCAGCUUGAAGCGUUUUCUUCCCUAACUGCUGUAGAUUUCAGUCAGUGGUUUUUUUGUGGGAGGGAAACAAUUUGAAAUGUAGUGAGGAGUGAAACAGAUCCCUGUCUUGCCACAGCAUAGGGCACGUGCUGAAUGCAUGACUGCAAGCUCUGGAGAUGGGAUUUCUUCACUGCUAGUAGUUCCAGAAAGUCAACAAGUGAAGGUCCAUGCAGCCCUUAGGGCUGAGUGAGCCUGUUGGAUGUGCAGCCACCUGCUGAGGAUGUGGCUGGAGUUGUGGCUGAGGAGAGAGAUGGGUGGGUUGGUUGGUUGGCUUGCUUAUUUAUUUAUUUUAAGGUUGCUGAACUGAGGAGAGGGCUCAGUGUGCUACUUCAGUGCCUGGUGUUCAGGCCUAAGGCCAGGUGGAUGCACUGAUGAUCACAGCUCUGUCUCAGUGUGAUAGUAUUAGGUUACAUGCCAUGCUCGUGAGAGACAACUUACUGCAUCAGGGAAAUCUGCAGACAGUCCUGCUGCAAGUUACCCUGCCUAGCAAGGAGAUUAGCCAUGACAGAAGGCGGGGGAGGGAGGAAGUGUUGGUAUGAAAUCUAAUUCCCUUUUAUUGCUCUCUGGGUUUUGGGAGCAGUUUGAAAUGUUCAGCAGAACAUUAGCCCCAAAGAAUGGGGGUUGUCCUAUAGCCCCAGCACUAGGAAACUGGGUAUGUUGCUAAUACUUAUUAUUGUGUUACUAUACUGUUACUCAAGUAGAAAUAUGAGAUGCACUAGGCUAGUGAUGCAUGUUGUCACCAUGCAACCCUCCCAGACAAGGAGACCAAGAGGGACCCUAUCAGCAUUCUGUGUCUCAUAAGAAGGUGCAUCCAGAAACAAGCCUGCAGUAGGGGAUCUCCUACCAGGGGCACUGCAAAGGGUUAACAGUGUGUUGCAUUACUGCUCUCUUCCAGGUGCACACUUGAAACCUGCUGCCACUUAGUGAGCAGGUAGCUGGAUAGCAGGAGUGUAUUGUAAAGGGUCUUCUGGAAGAGAGUAACCAUAGCGGGAAUAGAAACAAGACUCCAAUGACCUGUCAUGUUCAAGACCCUUUCUAACUGUAUGUUCUUGACAGGGAUUCUGGGGUUUGGUGUGUACUUUGGGGAUGUUGCUGCCCCUUCCUGUGUUCUUUCCACUUUAUCAGCAGAGACUAAUCUAAGAAUGGAGGAUUUUAUACGUUAUUUUUUUAAGAUGAUGUAGCUCAGAUGCCUUCUUCACAGGGUGAUGUGAUGUCGUCGUUUUAUGUAUUCUUCAGAGGGCAUGACUUUUUAUUGGAUCUGCCAAGUUCAAGCCUGCAUUCAAUCUUUUUGCUACUCUUAGCUCAUUUGAGUGACUUGGCACUGUCAGUUGCAUGUGCAAGUGACUGACCAUUGUCUGUACUUGGUUUUCUGUUUUCCAUGUCCUCAUGUGCACCUGAUAAGUUGUUCAUCCCUUAUUUAAUAUUUAUUUAAUUUAUUGUAUUGUAUUCAUGUGCAAAGAAGCUGCCUGUCCUGAAGAUAAAGUUUUGAAAACUACUAA